AGUCGGGGCUUUGAAUCAACCCCUGAACCUUCUUUUCUAUAACAGCUUUUGAAAUUUUUGGUUUAAAUAAUUAAAAAGCCGAGUGUCGAUCAUGUGUGAUGAUGUUUGGGGACAGUUGGCAGUUGAGAGGUCUCAGGUCUACAUCGAUGAUGGAACCGGAGUUCUCAGAAGCCCUUUCGCUGGGACGACAGUGGAAAAGCUCCCAGAUAAAGUUUUGCUUCACAUAUUCAGCUACUUGAGCCACAGGGAGGUCUGCUUGCUUGCAAGAGUUUGCAAAAAAUGGAGAAUAAUCGCUUACGAUACUCGCCUCUGGAAAUGCGUUUCGCUCAGACCUGAGAUAUCUGGUCUUCAUGUCGGUUCCCUAGAGUCUCUUCUUGCAUUAAUAAGUAUAAGGUUUGGACCAAGCUUGCGCUAUAUAGAGCUCCCGAUUGAACUGAUUACGCACACAGUGCUCCACGAGCUGGCUAACAAAUGCCCAAAUCUGACCCACAUGCUUCUUGACUUCUCGACAGCCAUGCAGCUUCACGAUUUCAGUGAAUUGCAGACGUUUCCAGCGAAGCUGCGUUACCUUUGCAUCUGCCUUUCUGAAGUCAUCUUCAUGGAGGGCUUUAUGAGAAAAAUCUACAACUUCAUCAACGGGCUUGAAAUAUUACACCUCAUCGGCACGUAUGAGAAGGUUGAGGAAGAGGAGGAAGAAAUUUACGAAGUCAUCAACGUGCACAAGAUGAAAUCAGCGACCCCUAAUCUCCGAGUUAUCAACCUUUACGGCAUUAAUUUUAUUGAUGACAGUCACAUUGAUGCUUUCAGUUCCAACUGCAUCCAGCUGGAAUGCCUUGCAGUUAACUUCUGCAACAAAGUUACUGGUUCAACGAUGAAAACUCUUUUUCAAAGAAGCAGACGCUUGACUUGUCUUUUGAUGAAUCAGACAAGUCUGCAGAGUGAACAUGUUAUGGCAGUCGAAUGGGAAAAAUCGUCUGUCCAAGAACUGGACAUAACUGCAACUGACCUGUCGACUGAAUGUUUAAUUGACAUGCUGACAAGAAUACCAAAUUUGAGAUUUCUCAGAGCCGGACAAAUCAACGGUUUCAAUGAUUCAGUGUUGAAGGCAUUUAUGGAACAAGGCAACACUAGAAACUUGAUCGCUCUGGACUUAGACAGCUCGGAUAAUUUAAGCGAUGAAGGCUUACAUAAAUUUUUGAGCCGCCAUGGCAACCAGCUCCUUGGGCUUAGCUUAUCUGGAAUGCCUCAUAUCACAGAUCAACUAUGGAUGUCAAUCCUGCCUAUUCUUACAAACGCGAGGAUCUUGAUAAUGGGCACUCGAGAGAGGCUAGGGGUCAACAUACACGUCGACCAGCUCAUGGACGGCAUCGCAAACAACUGCUCGAUCCUGGAAAGGCUCGAGUUAAGGUGGGACCCGGAUAAUCUCAGAUUCAGUGACAAAUCUCAAAAAGCUAUCGACAUUCUCCGUGUCAAGUGUCUCAAAUUAAGAAGCUUGGUGCUGAGCGAUGGAAGGUAUUAUGAGAUUGUGAAGGCAAAUUUUGAAAGGGCGGACAGAAUGACAGUGGUCAGGACUUCGACAGGAUGCCGGACCUCUCUCUACUAUCUGUUGCAAAAUUAUCGUGAACUCAUUUUUAACUAAUCCAGCAGAUAUUAAAUUUACUUUUUAUUGAUAUUAAUAAUGUAAGCUGGAAGAAAAUGAACGGACUCAAUUGAAUGUUUAUAAAGUUGAACCAAUUUUAAUUUAUUAAAAUUAACAUAAGCUCAGAAUAAUGAAAAGGUCAUUUUGGAAAGAAAAUCAAAUAUAUAGUAAGUCAGUAUAAUAUAAUUGUAAUAUCACAUUUGGCAUAUCAAAUGCAAUGUUAAUUCAGUUGACUCAAUAACUAUUUACAAAAAAUUAAUGUUAUAAAUUAAAUAAUCAAGUAAAUUAAUUAUUUAUUACACCACAAAAGGACAAUUACAUACCUUACAUAAUAUAUAAAUACAGCCUAUCUGAGGAAUAAAUCACUUUUUAAAUGUUUAACAAUAAUUGUCUUCAUAUUGAGCAACAUACGUAUCGUAAAGUGAGACACUUUUGAUUAAAAAUUUCAGUUAUCAUGAUUUUUUUGUAAAUCAUAUUGGGUUGCUCAGUAUAUAUUUUUUUAUCGCUUGACCUAUUCACAAUUUGUUUUAUAAAUCAGGUACACAUCCCAACAUCACACUUAGCAUAUUUAUGCAAUAAUAUGAACAAUUUAAAACACCCCUAAGACACACAAAUGGCUUGAAGAUAUUUACAAUAUGUACCAGUUUU